AUGAAUAAAACCAAACAGGUCAUACGUUUUUUCAGUGCACACUCAUCCUACCUACAAAACUGCCUAAAGCACAAAGCUCUCAAUCCGAGGGGAACCUUCAUUUUUCAAAAAUCAUUUUCAAUAUCAAAAAUAGGAACGAGGGUUUCUUUAUAUUCCACACAACCGCUUCAGCCACCAGGGCCGCCGACAGAUCCUAGACCCACGCCGCCACCCGAACCUGCCGGUGUCAAUACGCCUAUUGAUUCAUUACCACCUCCAGAAAAGACAGGUUCUUCCAUAACAUUUCCUUGGCUUUACAGCAACCAACCACCACGGAUAACAAACUAUCCAUAUGUGAUUUCAAAAAAUAGAAGUUUUUUGACUAAAAUUAUAGCACUCUUGCCAAUUUUCAUACAACAUGAAAUUUGCAUGUGGGUAACCACGAAAAUUUUGAGAGGUGCCACGUCUCCCGCGUACUUUCCCGAUGAAUUUUUAAUAGGAGCUUCAUAUGCCAUACGUCAUGUAUGUGCCACUCUUUCAACCCCCCCAGAUCGCGAAAUGAUGGAACAAAUGUUUAUGCCCAGGUUGUAUGAUCGUUUUAACGCAGAAAUUGACAAGAUAACAUCGGAAAAAUCAUCGGUGAUGAUCGACAUACAAAAAAUACAUAACUGUAGCAUUCGGGACAUAUGGAUGACCGUAGGACCUCGAAAGGCAACCGAAAAAAGAUCGGAAGAUGAUGAUGAGAAGGAAAAAUAUCGUAUGCUCCGAUGGAUGACCAUUAAAAUAGGUGUUCAACGAGGUAACGAAAAUAUGUCGUAUAUCGAGCGUAAGGAGAAAGUGUCCAAGGCCUUUGCCGAAGGGUUUAAUUUUAAAGUUGAUGUGAAUUUUGACGCCGACAUCGCUUACCAAUUGAAAUCGUCAGAAGGUCAAAUAUUAAUUAAUGAUCAAGUUAGAAGGCCUUUGGUUGUUCGAUUUGAAAGUCCAUAUUUCGAACCAUCCGAAAAAAUCUAUAAAAAACUUGUUAAUAACGAGGGUAGAAUCAGCGUUGGUGAUGAAGACGAUUUCGAGAUAAAUUGGAAUUGGCGAGUUGGGGAUAUAGAUUAUUUAUUGGGAAAGGAGGACUUGGAAAAUGAGAUUAAAGAGGAAGAGAUGAAAACAAGGGGUGAAAAUAUCGGCUAA